AGGGAAUUCCAACCAUGGACGUUACUCAACCCGAAUCGUUUACCCUAUUCUGCAAAUGGGGAGUCGUUGGCAUCUAAUACCUACCACCUGCUUUAUCCCUUCGCUCACCCACAGUCUUUCUAUCCCAACCACUCAUUCUCCUCCUACUCCCUACCGCCUAUCCUCUCUCCCCUACCGCUCCCCCUCACCCUCCCUACCCUCUUCCCUCCCCUCUCUCCCUUCCACCUCCCUAACCUCCACCCCGGCCCUCUCCCUCUCCUCAUCCACCCCGCCCACAUUCUCCCCCUCUGGAUCCCUCCUCGCCGCCUCGAGCACGUCCUUCUUCGUCUCUUCAUCCACCGGCGGAGGUGGACCUUGUCCCUUCGCAAAUGUGGGUGUCGGGUCGCCGGUUGGGUUCGUUGAGGCGCCGUUUGUUGCCAUUUUUUUCUUUUUAUAUUUUUGGGAAUGGAUUUGAUUUGGAUGGUGACGGGGAUGGGGACAGGGAUAGCGGAGUAAGAUUUGGGGUUUGAGUGGAUUUCGUUGCUGUGGUCCCGUGUGG